AUGGAGGAGGCAGGACCGUUUGGAUUGGUGAGAGCGAACAAGGAGGGCGGCAACGCCAAGAGCUCCUCCCGAAUCCCGCCCCCUCGUUCCGGCGCUGGUCGCCUUCCGGGGAGAGCGGCCCGAACAGCCUCCGCCCGCCGGCCCCCUCCCGCAGCCCGGCCGCCCCGGCCCGCGCGGCUUCAGCACCGCGGACAGCGCCCCGCCCGCGGCAUGGCCCUGCGCUCCGGCCCCGCCGCGCUGCUGCUCGGCUGCGGCCUCCUCGGGCUGCGCGCAGGCGUCUGGGGUACUGACACGGAGGAGCGGCUAGUGGAGCACCUCCUAGAUCCUUCCCGGUACAACAAGCUCAUUCGCCCAGCCACCAACGGCUCUGAGCUGGUGACCGUUCAGCUCAUGGUGUCGCUGGCCCAGCUCAUUAGUGUGCAUGAGCGGGAACAGAUCAUGACCACCAAUGUCUGGCUGACCCAGGAAUGGGAAGAUUAUCGCCUCACCUGGAAGCCUGAGGAGUUCGACAACAUGAAGAAGGUUCGGCUCCCUUCCAAGCACAUCUGGCUGCCGGACGUGGUCCUAUACAACAACGCCGAUGGCAUGUACGAGGUGUCCUUCUACUCCAACGCCGUGGUCUCCCACGACGGCAGCAUCUUCUGGCUGCCGCCCGCCAUCUACAAGAGCGCCUGCAAGAUCGAGGUGAAGCACUUCCCCUUCGACCAGCAGAACUGCACCAUGAAGUUCCGCUCGUGGACCUACGACCGCACGGAGAUCGACCUGGUGCUCAAGAGUGACGUGGCCAGCCUGGACGACUUCACGCCCAGUGGCGAGUGGGACAUCGUGGCGCUGCCGGGCCGGCGCAACGAGAACCCGGACGACUCCACGUACGUGGACAUCACGUACGACUUCAUCAUCCGGCGCAAACCCCUCUUCUACACCAUCAACCUCAUCGUCCCCUGCGUGCUCAUCACCUCGCUGGCCAUCCUCGUCUUCUACCUGCCGUCCGACUGCGGCGAGAAGAUGACGCUGUGCAUCUCCGUGCUGCUGGCGCUCACCGUCUUCCUGCUGCUCAUCUCCAAGAUCGUGCCGCCCACCUCGCUGGACGUGCCGCUGGUGGGCAAGUACCUCAUGUUCACCAUGGUGCUGGUCACCUUCUCCAUCGUCACCAGCGUGUGCGUGCUCAACGUGCACCACCGCUCGCCCACCACGCACACCAUGGCGCCCUGGGUCAAGGUCGUGUUCCUGGAGAAGCUGCCCGCGCUGCUCUUCAUGCAGCAGCCGCGCCACCGCUGCGCCCGCCAGCGCCUGCGCCUGCGGCGGCGCCAGCGCGAGCGCGAGGCGGGCGCCCUCCUCUUCCGAGAAGCCCCCGGGGAGCCGGCCGGCCCGGCGCAAGGCUGCGGGCUCCGCGCGGCGGUGGACGGCGUGCGCUUCAUCGCGGACCACGUGCGCAGCGAGGACGACGACCAGAGCGUGAGCGAGGACUGGAAGUACGUCGCCAUGGUGAUCGACCGUCUCUUCCUGUGGAUCUUUGUCUUCGUCUGUGUUUCCGGCACCAUCGGCAUGUUCCUGCAGCCUCUCUUCCAGAACUUCUCCGCUGCCGCCUUCCUGCACGCGGACCGCUCGGCGCCCAGCUCCAAGUGAGGCCCUCCCCGGC